GCGAGGCAAGGGCUGGGGCUGUGUUGCUUGACCCGGGACGGCUGGAGCCAGAGGGAGGUGAGCACACGGGCGUGUCGUGUUGUGUGCAGCCCCAGCCCCCUCUCCAUCCCGUUCAGCCUGCCCACCGCGAGGACCUGCAGUCCCCCGCCAUCCCCCAGUAGCGAGGCUCCGCUGGCUGCAGGCUGGCGGCUUCUCCCGGGACUUCACGCUCCGGAACAUGGCUGCGCUGCCCGCUCUCCGGCUGCUGCUGUGCUGCUUGCUGUGGGCAAGGAGCCGGGCCAGCUUUCCCGCGGAGCCGCCGGAGGGCUCGGCCCCUUUGCCGGAGUCCCCUUUGCAGAAGCCCACCGUCUUCAUCGCCAUCCUCGCCAGGAACGCUGCCCACGCGCUGCCCCACUGCCUCGGCUGCCUCGAGCGGCUGCGCUACCCCAAGAGCCGGCUGGCCAUCUGGGCAGCCACUGACCAUAACGUUGAUAACACCACAGAGAUCCUCAGAGAGUGGCUGAAGAAUGUGCAAAAACUGUAUCAUUAUGUGGAGUGGAGGCCUAUGGAGGAGCCUCAGUCUUACCCCGAUGAAAUUGGGCCAAAACACUGGCCGAGCUCCAGGUUUACCCAUGUGAUGAAACUCAGGCAGGCAGCUCUGCGAACUGCAAGAGAAAAGUGGUCAGACUACAUCAUGUUUGUAGACGCAGAUAACUUGCUCACCAAUCCAGAGACCCUGAACCUGAUGAUAGCAGAGAACAAGACCGUGGUGGCACCAAUGCUGGAGUCUCGCUCUCUCUAUUCUAAUUUCUGGUGUGGUAUCACCCCUCAGGGCUAUUACAGAAAGACACCGGAUUAUGCCCUGAUCAGGGAAUGGAAGAGGUUGGGCUGUUUUGCUGUCCCGAUGGUUCACUCCACAUUCCUCGUUGACCUGAGGAAAGAGGCUUCGGACAAGCUGAUGUUUUACCCCCCACACCAGGACUACACCUGGACCUUUGAUGACAUCAUUGUCUUUGCCUUCUCAAGCCGCCAGGCAGGCAUUCAAAUGUACAUCUGCAACAGAGAACGCUAUGGUUUCCUCCCGGUGCCACUGAAAUUGCACCAGACACUACAGGAAGACGUGGAGAACUUCAUUCACGUGACAAUCGAGGCAAUGAUUGAUCAUCCUCCAUUCGAGCCCUCGCAAUACAUCUCCAUUCCCCCAAAACACCCAGACAAGAUGGGAUUUGAUGAGAUUUUCAUGAUCAACCUGAAGCGUCGAAAAGACAGGCGGGAUCGAAUGCUGCGGACACUCUAUGAGCAGGAGAUUGCAGUCAAGAUAGUAGAAGCUGUGGAUGGCAAGGCAUUGAAUACAAGUCAGCUGAAAGCUCUGAAUAUUGAUAUGCUACCUGGUUACCAGGAUCCUUACUCUUCCAGGCCACUAACCAGGGGGGAAAUUGGCUGCUUUCUUAGCCACUAUUCUAUCUGGAAAGAGGUGGUGAACAGAGAGCUGGAGAAGACUCUCGUUAUCGAAGACGACGUGCGCUUUGAGCAUCAGUUUAAGAGGAAGCUCAUGAAACUGAUGGACGAUAUAGAGCAAGUCCAGCUAGACUGGGAGCUCAUCUACAUUGGUCGGAAAAGGAUGCAGGUGCAGCGCCCUGAGAAGGCAGUUCCUAACGUAAUGAACCUUGUGGAAGCAGAUUACUCUUAUUGGACCCUGGGGUAUGCAAUCUCCUUUGAAGGGGCUCAGAAACUAAUUGGGGCCGAACCUUUUAGCAAGAUGCUGCCUGUGGAUGAAUUCCUGCCGAUCAUGUACAACAAGCAUCCUGUAGAGAAGUACAAGGAGUACUAUGAGUCCAGAGACUUGAAAGCCUUCUCAGCAGAGCCCUUGCUUAUUUAUCCGACCCAUUACACAGGGCAGCCGGGUUAUCUCAGUGACACAGAGACAUCCACAAUCUGGGACAAUGAGACCAUGUCGACUGACUGGGACAGAGCCCAUUCCUGGAAGUCCCGGCAACAGGGCCAGAUCCACAGCGAUGCCCAGAACAAAGAUGCCUUGGCCCCCCAGCCAUCUCUCGAUGCAUCGUCGUCGAGGGACGAGCUAUGACUGCCCCCCUUGCUAAGUAACUCUGACAACAACAGUGGAACCUGCCUCACAAUUUAGCUUUCACCUAGAAGCUUCUAGAGACGUCAAUGUGGUCUCCUUCUCGCCGUCUUUAGCGGCAAAGCAAAUUGAUUGGAUCCGACUGACUUAACCUAACCAAUCUUUAUUUUUUUGGGAAAGGGAGUGGGGGGAGGGGCUUGAACCAGAACAUUCCAGAUUGGCAGAAAAACAGAGACUUCUAAAAAGCGUAUCGUAAACUCCAGUCCAUUCUCACAAGGGUUCGUAACUUUGAAACCUCUGUGGAGUGGCGAGCUGGCUCCAUGGCGCACUGAGUUGACACUAGUAAUUACAAAAUUUCCUUGAAUGACGUCUUUCUACAGUUCCUGGUGUAGAAUACUGUAUUUAUAAAGAUUAAUAUAUAUAGGGGUUCUGAGGUGGACACGUGUAAGUCCUUUCCAGAUAGUUGUCACUGUGCUGCUGCAUAACAUUAACUGUUGUUGUUGAUUUAUGUUUUUUAACCCCAUUCUCUGAGAGAAUGUGUGUGUGUGUGUGUGUGUGUGUGUGUGUGUGUUUUAAAGGAUCACUGUCAAGAUCACAAUGACUUCAAAAAUGGCCUCAUCUGUGUUGCUAUCUACACCUCUUCCAUAACGUGAGUCCCCAUUUCACGUUGCAAUACAAAACAGUUUCAGAAGUUCUCUCUCCUACAUUUCAAGACACCCCUCCCAUUCCAUCUAGCCAUAAGGAAAGAGAGGAUGGUCACAGUCUCCUAAGACAUGUCUGCAACCUCCUAAACUGAUGCCUUAGUUGUUUCAGUUUUAAUAAUCUAUUUUAAAAUCCAUUGUGCUUUUUUGCCACUUAUGUGCUUUGUUUUCUUUUUUUUUUUAAUGUGUUUCAUUCAGACUGAACAGUGAAACUAAAUCAGCCAGUCCUACUUCCUGUUAAUGGUCAGUUUCACUUCCUGUUUCUUGGCUACAAACCUUUUAGGUUUCCUUCCCAAUUAAUAUAAUAAAAAAACUAUUUCAGUUUCCUCACUGAUAGGUUUGGGCCUAACCUACUUGACAGUGUCCCUUUAAAAAGAAAAGCAUGAAAAUGUUAAUGGUGUCAAAUCUGCUGUUCUUUGUUGAAUGGCUGCAUUAGAAUUGUAUACUGCAGGACAAAAAGGCAACUUGCCUUUUAUAUAUUUUUAAAUGUGAGGAGUGAGCUUAUUCUGGUUUGGAUGAGUUCUGAUCUACUCAGUAUUGGGUAAGAUGUCAGCAUAGUAAGUCAUGUUGUUUUUUAAAGUGUCCCAUAAGGCAGGUGAUCUUGUGCUACACUUCUUAGAUUUAGUUGAUGUAGAUUUAGAUCUUUUUCUGUGCAACACAAAGUUGGGGGGGGAGAGGGAAAAAAUCCUCCUGGCCUAAAAUUUAAAGAGAUUGUUUCACUUUCUGGAUGAGCUGUACAUUGGAGCGUGUGGUUGGUUUUUGUUUUUUUAAUAAUUGCUGAUAAUGUUGUGCUCUCUCCUAAAGAAGACAUGUUACUGUCUAUCAGCAGGUCUGAUAAUACAUAGAACUGGAUGCAAGCUGA